GAGUUCUAAUGAUGCACCGGAUUGGCAACAUAUUUGGGUGGCAGAAUAUUUGCUGUCACAAGGUUGUUCGUCCAUAGGUUUAAUUGUUUGACGAGUAUAAAAGAAGAAAAGAAUCUAUCAAUGCAGUUUACUUUAUGAGAAAAUGGCACGCCCUAAAGAGAAAACAAGUACAGCAUUUGACCAGAAGUGCUUAGCGGCAGCGAAGAAGUUAGCAAGUUUCCAGGCCAGUAAACUUAAAGAAGACAUUGAAAGACUGUAUACAGAUGAGCUGCUUGCUGACCUCAGUGUUGACCUCUGUAACAGAACAUUUUUCCUCCACAGAUGCAUAUUGAAAGCAAGGAAUGAAGAUUUGUACAACUAUAUAGUAUCAAUAGAAAGAAAUGACACAAGUGGAGUUUCCAUUGUUACCAACUCACAUUCCACAGAUAUUGAAAAUUGUCUCCGGUCACUGUACAGAGAUGAUGAUGUAUCAGCAACUGUUGAGAAAUUAGACAAGUAUUUCCAUCCAGAAGCCAACAGUGAACUAGAACAUGUCGGUACAGAGAACACUAAUGAAUCAGAUACUCGUGUGAUUAACAGUGGACAUGAAACUGUAACAGGAGAUGAUUUACAUGUAAUCUCUGAGAACAUUACAAAUACUAGUCUAGAUCUUGUCAAAAACGAAGUUGGUUGUCUAAAUAGAGAUAUAUGUAGUUGUAUCAGUAGUGAUGUUGAAUACUUGUCUAGCUGUGAUAAGGCCACAUGUGAUAAGAAUGACAACGGGUCAAAGCAAGAUAGUUCUGUGGAUAAUGACUUAACAGGAGGGAAUGAAUCUGUAAGAAACUUAUGUGGAUGUGGUAAGUCCAGAAAAGGAAAUGUUGAGGGGGAUGUUUAUAUACUAGCGGAAAGAAUUGUUGAACAAGUGAUUAUAGAAGCUCAAAACAUAGUUGCAAAUGUUAAUGUAGACAACAUUGCCAAAAGGUUUGAGGGUGCCAAAGAUAGUGAAUCUGUGAUAAAAUGUGACAGUGAUGCUAAAUUUCAAAACAGUAUUGAUGCAGACACUGAUGAAGGUCAAAAACUGGAAGGUUGUUCUAUUACUUCCAACAAAUUAAAGCAUUCUGUAGAAAAACAAAUGGAUCAAAAUGGAAAUAGUACAUUUUGCACAACAAGAAAGAGUAGUGAAACUAUACAACGUUUAUUGGAAAGAGUUUAUGGAAUAAAGUUAUUGAAGAAGCCAUCAAUUAGUCAGUUGGUUGAGCCAUGUAGUGAGUUGGGUGAGGAUUUACUGAGAAUGUUGCUGGAGCAUGAUCUUACUGACUGUACCAUAGAGGUCCAAGGAGAGAUAUUUCCUGCUCACAGGUGUGUUUUAGCAGCCCGGUCAUCAUAUUUUGCAGCAAUGCUUGGUGGAUCAUGGCGGGAAAGUGGGGAAGAGAAAAUAGUUCUAGAAGGAGUAUUACCAUCAGUACUGAAACAGACACUACUGUAUCUGUAUGGAGGUGUAAUCCAGGUAGAUUCACAAUGUCCACUUGGAGGGCUUAUCAUGAUGGCCGACAUGUAUGGCAUGGAAGGGCUGAAGGAAGUUGUGGCAUAUAACCUUAAUGUAGAUUUCUGUCACUUCUUUCAUAGACCAUGUCCAGAAUGUAUAGCAGGUGUACCAGAAGCUUUGGCCUUGACAAUGAUGUACAACAUGGAUGCUAUGAAGGAGAAAUGUGUCCGCUGGAUUAACAAAAACUUUUGGAAAGUUUGGCCAGCAAAGUCCCUGGCAACACUGCCACAGGAAGUACUUGAGUUUACUGUGUCAAGUGCCAUCAAAGACCUGGCAUUGAACAAUGUACUGGACAUAUUAAUCGAUUGCCAGAGGUUGAACGAGAAAACUCCACACUUGAAAUGGACUGAACCUGUGUUUGAUAUGAUAACGCAGUUGAUGGAUGCUGCUAUAGAGUUUGCCAGUCAAAACUUCAUCAAUCUUAUCUCUGGAAAUACCUUUAGUAACAUUGAUAAGAAAGGUAUAAAUUUCAACCGUCAGCCUCUUGAAGAUAUAUUUGGAAUGAUAAUACAAGCGCUGUCACCUGAAAACUCAUGUCUGGCAUACCUUUCUCUACAUAGAUGGAUUAAAUCUGCUGAAACAGCAGCAGAAGACAAAAUACCAGAGUAUUCAGAGGAGUUUGUAGAGUUUGUGAAUGCGUUGUUUAAGAAGUGCAAGGAACAUCUGUGUCUGUAUAUUCACCAAGUGGCUAACACUGCAAACUGGGAACUACUCUCCAAGGACAUGCAGCAGUCAGUCAUGCAAGAUGCAAAUUAUGUGUGUAUUGAUACUAACAGAGGACGUAUGGCCAGACCAAAGUUGACCAGUAUGCAGAAGAAAAUUUCUGCAACAUCGCCUUUGUCACUGAAGGAAUACUUUGAAUGUCACUUUGGACAAGUGAAACCACCUGCGAGAAAUCCGAAGUCAAGGAAAGAUAACCCUCAAGACACUAAAACUGGAAAGCCUCUACCAAGGGCGGCAACAAAAGGGGCAAAAGGAAGACAUACACUAAGGUCAACAGAUAAUAGAAAUUUGUCAGCUGUAAAGUCAAGUGUAAAAGCUGUUAGACAAAUCCCAAAAAAUGUAGGUAAAGAUGACUUGAUUUCAACAAGUGGAAAGAAGGGAACAAAAGGUAAGAUUGUUGCAGCUCCAGUUGACCGGCUAAGUCAAAAUGAUGAAAUAGUUGGCACAGAAGCGGAACAGCUAAAUAAUCCCGGCAUGUUAGAUGAUAAUCUUCUACUUUCAGAUGCAUCUAUAAGUGACACUGGUUUUGAAUAUGAUUUGUAUGAAAUGGUUUCAUUUGAUAUUCAUGCUAUUGGUAAUAUAGAACUAGUAGACUUGGCACAAGGCAUGGUAUUUAUUCAAGAAAAACCCAUGCCAAUUUUUGUUGUAGAUUUUAUAAGACCUCAGUCAUUUUAUUAAUGCAUUUAAUAUUUGAUGAAAUCAGAACUGGAAAAUGUGUUUUUGUGAAUUUUGCAUGUUAAGUACAUAGCUUGAUUAUUUUACUAUGCUAAAAGCAGUUGUGUCACAUUUUUUGGUGAUUUGAAGAGUAUAGUAAAUUUUGUUCUUUAGCGGUAUUUGACCAUUUUCCAACAUUACAGUAUAAAACAUAACACCGUAUAUUUGAAGCAAUCUGUUUGUUGUAAAGCUACCUUUAGAGCUUUUUUUUUCACUAAAUUUGGAAUGGAGCGAGUAAAUGGGACUAUACAUUCUUUUUGCAAUUUAGAUUGGGCCAUUUGAACAGCUAAGUUUUUGAAAGAAAGAAAAACAGAACUUAUGAUAUACUCUGUUGUGGUCUUGCACUUGGAGUUCAAGGAGAUUAUUGUUAAAUAGUUAAAUUAAGUUCAUAUCCUUCAACAUUGUAAUGUACUUAAUAUUUUUCUGAUACAGAUUUUUGUUUUUCACUUUCUUGAUAAUUCUUCAAGGAUACUUACUGAAACUUUGCUGAAAAAAUUGAAUGUUUAACUGUUUAGGUAUCUGGUAGUAAAUUAAGCAUUAAUUAACUUGGCUGAAAUAUUUACGUGGAAUGUUUUGAUAGAGAUAAGCAUAGAUACUGUAAACUCAUCAAUGAGCCACACCAUGAGAAAUUCAGCUUAGUGCAUUUGCGACCAGCAUGGAUCCAGACCAGCCUGCACAUCUGUGCAGUUUCUCUAAUUGCAAAAGGCUUUGAAAGCAAACAGCAUAGAUCCUGACCAGGCUGGUCUGGUAUACAUGCUGGUUGCAAACGCACUAUGUUGGUUUUCUAAUGAUGCAACUCAUAAUUUUGUUGACAUAAAAUUCUCUACUUUACUCUGGGACAUCAGUUGAAUUGUAGAAUAUAACUGCAUGGAUUAAGUCAAUCAUGAAAUCUACCAAAAUUAGUUUUU